AUGCAGUUUCUCGCCACUGCUCUUCUUCUUGCAUCCUCUCUUCUUGGAGUGGUGCAAUCAUCUGUAACGGUCAAGACCAAGGACGACGGUCAAUGCUAUCUCCACCUCGACAUUCUUGGCUGCGACACUGACACUGAUGUCUUGGGACACACACAACCUUCUGGUAGCUCGCACUGCUGGUUCCCGAGCUCCAAAUGGAGCUAUUGUGAUCUGGAUGGAGAGUUGGAUCAACCUCAAGGCUCUCCUUUCGCAACCUUGAAAGUUACACCCAAGGGUGGAUCGGAGACGACCUGCGCCCUGGAUGCUCAUGAGAAUGUGUCAUCUUGUGACAUUUAG